CUAUAUAUACCACCAUCCUCCCAGUCACUCUCCGCACUUCAUAUCUCCCUCUUCUACUCCUUCAAAUUAACCUCUUCAAAUCAGAAAGCUCACAGCCAAAUGGGAAAGUAUUCUGCCGAUGAGUGUCUGAAACAACGCCUAAACUCUCUGGCCUUAGACCCAGAACACCAACCUCAGCCCUCCGACAAUGUCCUUAUUCCACCCAUUGUGUCCUUUUACAAUGAAAAGAUUCGACCAGUUCUCGAUGCUGUUGAAGACCUCAGACGCCUCAACAUCACCAAGGAAGGUAUUCAGCUCCCAAGCAUUGUUGUUGUCGGUGACCAGUCUUCAGGCAAGUCCAGUGUCCUGGAAUCUCUCGCAGGAAUCAGCUUGCCACGUGGGCAGGGGAUCUGCACGAGGGUGCCCUUAAUUAUGAGACUCCAGAACCACCCUGUGCCGGAGCCAGAGCUUUUGUUGGAGUACAAUGACAAAGUUGUAUCAACAGAUGAAGAACAUGUCUCUGAUGCAAUAAACGGAGCCACUGUAGAGCUUGCAGGCAAGUCAAAGGGGAUUUGCAACACCCCUUUGACCUUGGUGGUGAAGAAAAAAGGUGUUCCCGAUCUCACCAUGGUGGAUCUCCCAGGCAUAACUAGAGUUCCUGUUCAUGGACAGCCUGAGAACAUUUAUGACCAAAUCAAAGAUAUAAUCAUGGAGUAUAUCAAGCCAGAGGAGACCAUUAUUUUGAAUGUUCUAUCAGCUACUGUUGAUUUUCCAACCUGUGAAUCCAUUAGGAUGUCACAGAGUGUUGAUAAAACAGGCUUAAGAACUCUGGCUGUGGUAACAAAGGCUGACAAAGCACCAGAAGGACUGUUAGAGAAGGUAACUGCUGAUGAUGUGAACAUAGGACUUGGUUAUGUGUGUGUGAGGAAUCGAAUCAAUGAUGAGACCUAUGAAGAAGCGCGAAAGGAGGAAGCUAUGCUGUUCGAGAACCAUCCUCUUUUGUCCAAGAUAGAUAAAUCCAUGGUAGGUAUACCUGCCCUGGCCCAUAAUCUAGUUCGACUUCAAGCUUCAAUUAUUUCGAAGACACUGCCUGAGAUUGUUAGAAAAAUCAACGAGAAGCUCAAUUCUCAGCUUUCUGAGUUGGAGAGCUUGCCAAAGAACCUGACUUCUGUUGCUGAUGCUAUGGCUGCCUUCAUGCAUAUAAUUGGAUUGGUGAAAGAUUCACUCAAGAAAAUUCUCAUCAGUGGAGAAUUUGAUGAGUACCCAGAAGACAAAACCAUGCAUUGCACUGCUCGCUUGGUUGAGAAGCUCAAUGAUUGCUCCAAAGAUCUUCAUGAAUGUCCUGAAAGCAAGAAUGCCGAGAAUUUUCUCAUGGACGAAAUAAUACUUCUGGAGGAAACCAAGAGGAUAGGCCUCCCAAACUUCAUGCCUCGCACUGCCUUUCUGGCUUUAUUGCAGAGGAAAGUGGGAGGAAUUGCAUCGAGGCCCAUUCAGUUCAUUGAUGAUGUGUGGGACUAUCUGGAAAAAGUGGUGAUUGAAGUCAUCAACCGCCAUUCAAAACACUAUUAUCAGCUUCAGAGGUGUACAUGCAGAGCAGGAGAAAAUCUGAUUGCUAAAAUGAGGGAGCAUUCAAAGAAGCACGUGAUGGAGGCCAUUGAAAUGGAGAAGCUGACAGAUUACACUUGUAAUCCAGAGUACAUGGCUGAAUACAAUAAACUAAUGGCUUGUCAGGCUUCUUUCAAUGAAUAUCUGCGUGUUGGUUAUCGAACUAUAACUAUUGCAGGCCUAGAAUGUCUUGGAGAGAUAAGGAUGGAUCAUCUGGGACAGUACAUGAAAGUGGUUGAUCAAGCUUAUGACCUGAAGAUGAGAAUGAUAGCUUAUGGGAGGAUUGUGCUGAGGAGGCUGAUUGAUACCAUAGCCUUGCAUCUGCAAUUCAACAUUAACAAUAUGGUGAAUAGGGAUUUGGAGAAGGAGAUCACUACUUGUUUUGCGUCUCCGAGCUUUGGAGGAAUCGAAAGCCUGCUGAAGGAGUCACCAUCCAUGGCUGGCAAGCGUGCCAUGCUCAGUCGAAGUGUUGACAACCUGAGAAAAAGCAAAGAGGUAGUGUCCAGCAUUAUGGAUAGAAUUUCCUGCUACUAAGAUUAAGUUCUGUGACGUGUGUGUCUAUUUAUAUACCUAUAUGAGUCUGAGAUUGAGUGUUGUAUUAUUAAUGAUGAAUUUGGGUGUGUUUUUGUAAUCGUUUUUUAUUUCCUAUCUAAAUUGAUGAUGUGUCAUUCCAGUUUGCUUAUCGUGUCCUGUAAAAGUAUAACAUAAAUGCAUUAGCUUCUUUAUUUGAA